AUGAUGAAUACAACUAACAAUCAUCAUCAUCAACCAACAUCUCCUAAUACCUCUUCUUCUCAAGGAACUACUAACACUAAUACUACUAGUAGUAGUAGUAACAAUACCACCUUUUUAUCAGAUAGUUUAAUUGGUUCAUCCACUCAAGAUUAUUCAUCUAAUAAUCCUCUGAUUAAUUUUUGGCAAUCAAAUAAUAAUAAUACUAAUACUACUUCAUCUUCUUCUUCAUCUGGAUUUAAUGCUCCAUUAUCAUUUACUAAUUAUUCCCCCCUUGGUCAACAAUCUUAUAAUACAACAACUGGGAAACUUGUUAAUCAAUUUCAAUCAGCAUCUUUCAGAUCCAUUGAUGCUGAUCUGAAUCCAUUAGCAGUACCCCCUCUUACUGGUCAUAGUGCUGCCAGUAUGAUGACUAAUAAUUCAUCUGGUACCAAUGCUACAUCAAACCCUAGAAAUCCAAAAUAUAGUAAGCAGGCUACUACUGCUGUUGCUGCUACUGCUGCUGCUGCUACUGCUGUUGCUGGUUCAUCUUCGUCAUUGAUGAAUAUUAAUGCUCCAAGUUAUGUUCCUAACAAUUAUACCACGAAUUAUGGUUCUAAUACUGGCAAUGUGAAUUCAAUUAUCAAUAAUCCUACCUCACCCAACAACAAUUCUAAUGAUAAAUACAAAUAUUACUAUAAUACUGCUAAUGCUAAUGUUAAUUCUAUUGUUAUGAAUAAUAAAAAGAUGGUAGAUUCUGAUGAUAAUUUACAAGAAGAAUAUCAUAAAUUAAAAAUUGAAUUAAUUUUAAAGAAUCAAAUUAUUAAAAAUUUAACUGAUCAAAUUAAUUUAAUGAAUAAACAAAAAACUUCAAUUGAAGAAAGUUUUAAUAAUAAUAAUAAUAAUUUAAAUGGAAUAUUUAAAAUUCCUAAGAAUCAUUAUCAAUUAUUUCAAGAUUUAUCUAAAACUUUACAAGAAAAAUCAAUUGAUCUUGAAGAAACUAAAGAUAGAUUAGAAGCAGUUUUGGUUGCUUUAACAUGUGAUGGUAAUAACAAUAAUAAUAACAACAACAACACUGGUGGUGGUGGUGUAUCUUCUUCUAGUUCAGGUUAUACUUUUGAUGUUGAAGAAUUAAGUCAUAAACUUAUUAAUAAACUUUGUUUAUUACUGGAAGAAAAUGAAAAUUUAUUAAAAAUGAUUAGUUAUGGAAAUAAAACAAGUUUAUUAAUUGAAAUUGGUUUAUUAAGACAUGAACUUGAAACUUUGAAGAAAAAGUAA